CUUCAGCGCCAUUUUUUCCUCAAUAGGGGAAGAAAGGGACAAAAGCUGACCAAAAAGGAGCCUACCCUUCUGAAGGAGGGUCCGCAAACACCAUAUUUAAUAUUUAACUGGGUUCUUCAUACAGCGGUGUGUGUGGACGGAGGAUGCUGCUCGGAUGAGUAUCUGUGUGCAGCGCUGGUGGUAGCGGACGCAGCUCAGCGAAACACACACACACACACACACACACACACACGGAGGAGGGCCGGUGGAAGUGGAAAACGUUAGCCCUGUCAGAGAGGUGGCACAGCGACAACUAUCGUCAAUCUCCACCGAAAUCUGGACGAGGUAAAUAUCUGUGUGCAUCCUCAAACCGGAAGAAGCGGCGUGGCCGGCUCAUCGCUGCCAGCGUGCUGCCAGAGGCUGCUUAACGAGUCCAGUGUGGGCAGCGUACACUGUGUUAGCAUGGAUGGAAAGGGUUUAGUUCAUAUGUGCUCUAACGUUAAAUCAACACAGUUUUAACUUGCUAGAAUAAGUAUUUUUUUUUUUUAAUUUCCCUUCAGCGAUUGAAUCCGUUAUUAUUCACGCAGAGACUGGUCGUGUGCAAUUGUAAAAGCAGCUGUUGCACAGCUUCGGAGGAAUAAUGUAUCAGUAUCCGGUUGGAAAUAUUGAGAAGAUCCGAAAGGCACGCAAGGCAGUGAAAAACAUCCUCGGUGAGAUUGGCCUGGAAGACUGCCAAAACCUGCUGAAGGAUCUCAAUGAAACGUCUGAGAAAAACGCUGAUGAAGACGAGGUCUUUCAGGAGACUGACUGGGUUGAUAUCACGGAUGGAUACAAUGUCAGAUUCCAGAAAAAGUGGCCUUACAGGUCUCGAGCUCUGUGCUGUACCAUGUGCAAGUACUCUUCACAAAACAUCUACAACUUUAGGAGCCACGUCUCUCGCUGCCAUGGAUAUGUGCAGUCCUUCUGUACGCUGGCGCCCUGCUCUAAGUGCGUCUUCAUCGGACACCCCAGGUCUGUCAAGAAGCACAUGCUGUUCUUCCACGCCACCUUGGUGCAACCGCAAAGGGAAGUGCCUCAACCCGCCCACCGCGGAAAUGAGCGGUAUCAGUGUCGAAGAUGUGGAUUUCCGGCCCCCUCCAUCUUCACGAUGAAGAAGCACAUCAUCCUCAAGCACCUGGACAGUGUGGCAGAACAGUAUAUCGGUUACAGAUUCCUCCCUCGCGGGUCAACGUCUGUGAAGGUCUACUGCUGCAAGGUGUGCAAGGUGAACACUGGGAACCUGGACCAAAUGCUGCAUCACAUGCUGGUCGAGCCAACGCACUAUGCGGUCAGCACGCAAGUGCAGAGUAUGAUUUACGAGAACAAGAACUUCAUCAUUAAAGCGACACCCAAUGGGAACGGCGUGUUUGUGACAUUCCCAAACAUUGCUCCUAAACCACAGCAACCUCAAAUGUUCAACAGCAAGUCCUUGGUUUUACAGAGUAACGGCCAACCCGGAGGGACUAUGCUGGCCUUACAGCAUAUAGGAAGAACCAACAGUACUACUCUGAUCUGUGCCCCCGGAACCAACCAGGCUUUUCUGCCCCCCCAAGCGUCGGCGCUAGUGCAGCUAGCUAGUGCUGAAGCUAAAGGUUUGCUCCAGCCGGGUGCCACGAUAGCCCUCCGAGGUUCUCUGCCUCACGGAGCGGGAACUAUGCUCCAGCUUCCCACAGUGUCCAACGUGUCUCUGAAACAGGCAGCUAUGGCUCUAGCUCCAGCACAACAUACUCCACAACCGCAGCAAAUCUUUCUCCCGUCUGGACUGCGGGCCAACAUGGCAGCCGGAGGUGUAUCGAAGCCUGCUGUGGAUACAAAAAAUGCACCAAUGCACCAAGUCGCUCUACAAGGCACCAUGCUGACUUCACAGUCCCUGCUGAGUCACUUGAUCCCGACCGGCAACAAGAUGAACGGCAUGCCCACGUACACUUUCGCUCCGCUGCAAGUAGCAAUGCCUGUCUCUCAGAGCACAAGUACCCCUCUCAAGGCUGUUGAGCAAACAAGGAACUCAACACCACAAACUAAGAAAUGGAUUACAUGUCCCCUCUGCAAUGAACUUUUCCCUUCUAAUGUCUUCGACGUGCACACGGAGGUCGCUCACCAGCAAAAAUCCAACACGUCCAAGUCAGAAAGUGUGGCGGCACGAGCGGCGUUCUUGAAAAAAAUGCCGGACAAAACUGUCAAGUGUCUAACGUGCAAAAUUCUUCUGUCCGAAAAAAGCGUCUUCCAGCACCUUCUGCAUGGCCUGAAUUGUUUGUACUGCUCGGCUUUAUUCUUUUCUAUCAAACAGCUGGUUGAGCAUGUGAAGCAGCACAAUCCCACAAGCAAGACAUACUGUGAUUUUCUGAGGCAGAAGUACAGGGUGUACUCUAAAGGUGUCGGGGGAAUCCUGUUCCCUUACUUUGACGUCCACACCACCGGACCCAAAGAGGUCUUGGGAGACACCGAGGUCAACCUCGCUCUGGUCACGAAUUCACUCGACCUGAUCUUCUUUAAGUUGCAGCCCAGCAGCCAGCCAGAUGUCUGCACAGCGACUGCGAAAAUCAACAGUGCGUAUUGUCCCUUCUGUGAUGAAAAGUUUCAGAAUGAGACCCAACACCUUCAGCACCUGAAGCAGAAACACUUGGUAGCACCCACGAUUCACGCCAUCCUCAAGACGGAGGCCUUCAAGUGCAUAUACUGCAACGGGGUGUACACGGGAAAGGUCACCCAGCAGGCGGUGAUGCUCCACAUUCAGCGGUGCCGGUGUUCCCCGAAACAAACGCAGCCACCCAAAACGAUAGUAGUACCGCCGCCGCCGCCGCCAGUGCAGCCGCCGAAACCCGCUCAGCAGCUCAGUCAGCCGCUCUACUUUCUCCAAAUGCCACAAGGACUGACCAUGAAACCGACUUUAGCUCCAGCUCGCGUUAUUCCCGCCGCGGCACGUCCAGAGACGGAAGCCGAGCUGCUGUCGAAGAAGAGGCUGGAGACCGCGUGGAGGGAGGUGUUGGAGACCAACAAACGAGAGCGGGAGCAAAAGGCGGCCAUGCGCAAGAAGCGAGAGCAGGACAAGCUGUUGCCCCCGCCGGAGCCCGUGAUGCAGAUCGAUCCCACGGUGAAGCUGGUGCUGGAGCCCUCCGGGGUGGAGCGCCGCUGCAGCGAGGAGCGCAAAGACUUCAUAUCCAAGUACUUCAACCUGAACCCCUACGCGACCAAAACCGAGACCGACGAGCUGUGCAAGAGGCUGACCCUGACGAAGUCGGAGUUGGCGGCCCACUUCAGCAAGAAGCGCAGCAAGUGCAUGAAGAGCCUCAAGAGGAGCGCGACGGCCAUAUUCCUCGGCUUCAACAUGACGGAACUGAGCAGAGUCAAGCACAAUCUCGCGAUUCCCGAACAGGAGCCCGCCGCGGAUUCAACAGAGCAGAUGGAGAACGGUGAGGACGGACCAGAACCGAUGGAUGAAAGUGGAAGUAAGAAAGACGGGGAACAGGUGGAGCAGAUGGAGUAAGUCAUGAAAUGUGUGAAAAUGCCCCUAAUUAACGAACAUAAAACAACCCAGAUAACUUUAAUGACAGCCAGUCACUGGAGACUCUACACACUCUUAAUGUAGCAACAUUAAUAGUGCUUUGUUUGUCUGUGGUCCGUAUCCUAAGAGAAUAUAAUAAUUAAAGAGAUAUAAAGGUGUCAGACUGUCGAGCUGCAACAAUAUUUAGCUGGUUACAAUCUCUUAUUCAUCAAUGGCUACUGACUUCAACUCCUGCACUGAUUUAGCUUCUUUUUUUUAGUGCAGCCUUUAUUAUUAAAGCACAUUUGUGAUUCCUACAUCACUGCUUGUCUGCUAAUAUCACGACUUACGCGCAGCGCACACUUCAACAUAGACUUGGUUUAUCACUAUAUUAUGCUUUUAUUUUAUAAUUGUUUUGUCUUACAUAUUUGGACCUGUUUUUUUUUUUUUUUUUUUUUUAUUUUGUUCAUCUUUCCCCCCCCCCCCUCUACAUUUAAACAGAUUAAGGAGAACAUGUUGCUCGCUGCUGCAGGAAGGUUCAUGUUCAUAUGGUCAUCUUGCAAUUUUGAAGCCAAAUUCUUAAGAAUGUACAAAUAUUUGCGUUGCCAGGUUUAUGAAUUCUCAGUUAAAGAACCAUUAGUUACAUAUUAUUAUAUAUUUCUGACCAUGUGUUGCUUGCAUGAGCAUUUAUUUUUGUUUAAAUUAUGAUUUGUGCCAUGGUGAGGUUCGCAUAGACUUGAGGAGACCGAGAGAUUCAACACAAUAUAAAACAAGUUAUUGGGUGGACACCGUAUGUCUUUUGUUCUCCUGACAGCAGAUCUUUUGUACUACACUUGUAUUUUCUAGAAUUACUAGAGGAUCUAAAAUGUUGGGUUAGGGGUGCAAAUUAUCAUUCUGUCCAAGGCCACUGUGUUGUAACAAAUAAAGUGGUUUUCUUUUA